AUGUUUUUCAUCUAUCUGUUCCUGGUCCUGCUGCUGGUCAGCACAGGUGCAGCCUCGCACUUUUAUGGAGGCUCAAUGACUUUCAGCCCUAGAAGAAACUCUGAUGGAACCUACAAGGUGGAAUUCCGCUUCAAGGAGACCUACCAUUCCUGUAACCAAUAUAACACCUGGGGAUGCAGGUCUGGAGACUGCGGCAAUGAGAACAGUUUUGCAAUUGGUCAAGUAGAUUCCAGUCCCAAUGGCGGUAACUGGUGCCAGUCUGAGGGGGUGAUAACAAAGACCAUAUCCAGCAACAACCAAUUUGAGCUAAUCAAAAGCAGUUGCUGCUGGAUCUACAACACAGUCACAAAUGGUGGAGACUGGAGUCUUCUCACGUAUAUUGAUCUUGGAGUGAGAUCGGACACCUCAGAUCCCAACAGAUCACCAAUCACCACUACCCUACCCUUGAUUAGAGUUCCUCAAAACUGUCCCAGGAGGUACAAUCUUUUAUCCUUUGAUCCUGAUGGUGACCAGGUCAGAUGCAGAUAUGGGCUUAGACACAAUUCAGAGUGUGGAGUUUGCAACCAACCUGCAGGUUUUACAUUAGAUCAGAGUAGCUGCUCUUUGUCAUAUGACUACACAUGGCUGCCUGGAGUGUAUUCAUUUGAGCUGGUACUGGAGGAUUUCCCCAAGCACAGAAUUACUCUCUCCUACACCAACCAACCUUCAGUGACAAGAUCUCCAAUCAGUGUCAUCAGAGAUAGACGUUCUAAUAAUGGAAAUCCAAAUCAACAGCCACCUGUCCAACAUCCAAAUAAUGGUCCGGUCUACAAUGGCUACAACCACUUUACCUACUACUACAGUCCGGUCUACAAUGGCUACAACCACUUUACCUACUACUACAGUCCGGUCUACAACGUCUACAACCACUUUACCUACUACAACCACGCCUCCAAUGACUACAACCACAUUGCCUACAACUACAGUCGGGUCUACAAUGGUUACAACUACUUUACCUACUACAACCACGCCUCCAAUGACUACAACCACAUUACCUACUACUACAGUCCGUCCGGUCUACAAUGGCUACAACCACUUUACCUACUACAACCACGCCUCCAAUGA